UUGUGAGGUUCCAAGGUAGUAGUGGACAGAGUAAGCUUGGGUUCUCAUCCACUCUCUCUCUCUCUCUCUCUCUCUCUCUCUCCUUUGCCAAAUUAGUGUCUUAAGGCCCCAGUGCUUAAGGAUGUUGGUCAUAAGAAUUGAGAACCCAUUGGCCACUGGAGUGGGUCUUAUAGGCAACGUACUAUCGUUCUUGGUUAUCCUCGCACCAUUGCCGACGUUCUACAGGGUGUACAAGAAGAAGUCGACGGAGGGGUUCCACUCAACGCCCUACGUGGUGGCGCUGUUCAGCGCCAUGCUGUGGUUCUACUAUGCGCUGCUCACGACCGACGUGCUGCUGUUCACCAUCAACGCCCUCGGUAGCGUCAUCGAAUCGAUCUACCUCGUGAUGUACAUCGCUUACGCGCACAAGAAAGCCAGGGCUUUCACAUUGAAGUUAAUAUUACUACUCGACGUGGGUUUCUACGGUUGUGUAGUUCUUAUCACCGUGCUAUUUUUGAGGGGACGGCUGAGAGUUAAAAUCAUGGGGUGGAUCUGCGCCUCCUUUGCCACCGCCGUCUUCAUAGCACCUCUGAGUAUCAUCAGACAAGUGAUACGAACCAAAAGCGUCGAAUUCAUGCCGUUUACUCUGUCGUUAUUCCUCACUCUCAGUGCGGUCGCAUGGUUCUGCUACGGCCUCAUGCUGAAAGAUAGCUACAUCGCACUUCCGAAUGUGGUCGGUGUCUUAUUCGGUUUGGCCCAGAUGCUUCUCUAUUUCAUCUACAUGAACGGAAAGAAGGAAACACCAGUAUCAGAAAUUACCGACCAGGACAAGAACCCCGCAACACUAGCAAACCCGAAUGCCGAUAUAGAGAUGAACAAGGAGAGCAUCGGAGUUACGACUCCGGAAGUCGAGAGUUCGAUGUCCGUGGCCGGAAAGAACGAGGCAUAGAGCUACCAAACUAACCUCCUCCUCCACCGCAAACUGACUGACAUUGCAGGAUGUUUUAAGCAGCAUAAGUUUUUUCUUUUUCUUUUUUUUUCCUUUUUAUGUUUCAUUAAGUGCCUUCUAGCUGUGUUCUUGUGUCAGUGACAAGUAGUGAAAAUAAGUAACUCCGUAGAACUCCUGCAUGUCUAGAGCACAAAUAAGGAAUGUAAUUUGUAUCCGCAUGAUAUUUGUGAGCAAUUUAAAUCAGAAUUCUAUACA